AUGUCUACUUUGAAUUUCAGGAGGAAUACAAAUAAUUUUGUAUCUGGAAGUUAUGAUAAAUUAAUUAUAAUAUGGUAGGUGUAUAGCAAUAAUUAAUGGUAUUGCUAAUAGAAAUUGAAUGGACAUUCAAAUUGGAUAUUAUGUUUAUUGUUGAAUAAUAAUGAUGAUUUAAUAAUAUCAGAGAGUGAGGAUAAUACAAUUAAAUUCUGGAUUAAAUAGAAUUAAUGGGUGUGUUAAUAAACCAUAACUUAUCAUACUGGUAUAGUGUUUUCAUUAAGCUUAAAUGAUCAAUAAAGUAAAGUGAUAUCUUUUUCAGAUGAUUAUUAAAUAUUAGUAAUUGAAUAAUCAUAGUUAGAUAGAAAGUGGAAUGUUAUUUAGAAGAUAAAAGUAGAUAAGUAUGGACUAAGAUUAUGUUUUAUAAAUGAUAACUAAUUUAUAUUCUAAUCUUUUUGUUAAGAAUAAAUGCAAAUAUAUGAAAUGGAUAAUAAAACUAAGUAGUAUAGGAGGAUGAAUGAAAUUACUAUUAAGUGUGGUUCUAAUUUUGAUCAUUAUUCAUUUCCAUAAUAAUACGUAAAAUCAAAAUGCCUGUUGGUGAAUAAAAAUGGUAAAAGUGUUAAUUUAAUGAGAAAGAAAGAAAAUGGUGACUUCAUAAUUGAAAAAUCUAUUGAAUUUGAUGAUUAACGUAUUUAUGGAUAAUUAGGUUAAGACAGAGAAUAUUUGAUCACUUGGGAUAAUAAAUCAAAGGAAAUACAAAUAAGAAAGUGUAAAGAGAGAUGA